AUGAUGAAUUUGCGGUUGCUGUUGUUGAUGGAGCAAGAUGUGUUGGAUCCACCUGAAGAUUGUUUUCGCAUCAGGAUGGUUAUUAUGCUUCUGGAAACAUGCGGGCACUAUUUUGAUCGAGGUUCAUCAAGGAGGAAACUAGAUCCAUUUUUAAUUCAUUUUCAGCGGUACAUAUUGAGCAAAGAUGCAUUGCCACUGGAUAUUGAGUUUGACUUGCAGGACUUAUUUGCAGAUUUACGCCCUAACAUGACCCGAUAUUCAUCCAUUGAGGAAGUCAAUGCAGCUUUAAUUGAACUUGAGGAGCAUGGGCAUAGAGUUUCAAGUGAUAAGGGCAAUAGUGAGAAGCACUUGGAUAUGGAAAAACCUCUAUGCAAGAGUACUUCUGGCAGCAUCUCAUUGAAUGGGCAAAGUCUCACAAAUGGUAUUGACGAAAAUGGGGAAGUGCAUGAAGAGAUCCUUGGGGACACUGAAAGUGAUUCAGGAAGUGGCACCCUUGACCCAGAUUGGCACGAUGAGGAUGAAGAGUCAGAUGAAGAGAAUCAUGAUGAUGGAUGUGACAGCGAGGAUGAUUAUGAUGAUGCAUUGCAUCCCGCUUCAGAGGAGGAUGGUGAAGUCCAUGUAAGGCAGAAGGUGACACAGGUGGACCCUCAAGAGGAAGCUGAAGUUGACCGAGAAUUCAGAGCUCUAAUGCAGGAAAGCUUGGAUUCCCGAAAGCUGGAACUGCAGGCCCGGCCAACGUUGAACAUGAUGAUUCAAAUGAAUGUGUUUGAAGGAUCGGCCAAGGAUCAUCAUGGAAGGGGUGUUGAGGGGGAAAGUGGUGAUGAGACGUUAGAUGAAGAGGCUGGAGGAAGCAAAGAAGUUCGCGUGAAAGUGCUUGUGAAGCAUGGAAACAAGCAACAAACAAGGCAGAUGUACAUUCCCCGGGAAUCUUCGCUUGUCCAGAGCACAAAACAGAAGGAAGCUGCUGAGCUCGAAGAGAAACAAGACAUCAAGAGGCUGGUCUUGGAGUAUAACGAUAGUGAAGAGGAAGAGCUUAAUGAGUUGGGGACCCAACCAUUUAGCUGGACCCAAAGUGGGGGUGGCAGAGUUUCCAACUGGAGCCACACAUGGGAAGGACACGGUAGUAGGGCUGUUGGAUCACAUCACCGGCAUCAUCAUCAUUCAGGUGGUGGACUAUACAAUAGCAGAAGGAAAUGACAUAUUUGAACCUGAACAAGAAUUAUAGAGACAACAUCAGCAUUCUCAGCUCUCCUCACUUAUCAAAUCAGUGCAUCAUUUUCUGAGACGACUCUGAAUAUUAGAAGUUCAAUUGCAGUUCUACGCGAUAUUCUGCUCCAGUGAUGGAGAUCACAUACAGCAUUUGGACUAACUUGUCUUCUCCUUACAUGUACCACCAAAGGUUGGAAUCCAAGGUCCAUAUGUUGCUAUAGGAAGGUGGCCAGUUGAAGAGAGAUGUAAAGGAGUUGAUAUAUAUGAGGGUCUAGUGGUGGUUUUAGAUGUGUAUAGGGUUCUGCUGAAACUGUUAUUUAACACGAGAUGUGAUUUUAGAUGCUACUAACCUGUUCAUAUUUGUCAAUAUACAUAGAGAAUUUGAUAACUAAUUCUCUGGUCUUGUGGUAAAGAUAUACCAGAAAAAUAUAGAGCUUCUGUAAUUUCAUUCAUCUGAAACUGUUUUGG